AUGGCGCGUCGAUCAGCUCGUUUGCUCAAGCGUGAGACCACGCCCGACACUUCCAUGCGAUCCGAAGAUAGUUGGCAUACCGCCUCAUCGCCAAACCUAGGACUCCCGGAUCUUCCAGAGUUGCCAGAGCCCGGUAUGGAGCAGAAGAAGCCCUCGAAAGCCUCUGAAGGUACCAAGGCCGAGUCAAAGCUACCGCAUGCGACCGCUACACCCACAUCACACAAGAACAAAUCGACCAAGUUGCCCAUUGAUGUCGCCAAAAGCCAGACUCCCAAGGAUCGCACCCCGAUCAAGCCAGCAGGACAGGAGAUGCAUCCCGCGCACCAUCAUGCGAGUACAGCUAAGAUUCUAGACGAGGCGCGCUGGCUCGGGUUUCAAUCACUCGGUGCGCAUACCGCGCCGUCCAAAGCGGCUGGCUUAGCAGGUCAGGCGACGCCAUCAAAGACCCCAGUACCUGCUGCUUCGACGGCCCAGCUUGACUCGUCGCCCAACUUCCGCUUCCGCUUCAAAUCGCCCUUGUCCAAAGAUGAGGCUACACUGAGCCCAAGCUCGCGCAACAUCUUGAAAGACGCUGGGAUUACAGGCACUCCCGGCGGCGGGAGCCGUGCUCUGUUUGGCACGAGUGAAUGGUCUUCCAAGGCCGACGUAUCUCCCCAGCGCAAGAAGGCCGAAGCUAAGGGCAAGAUGGCUCGCUUCAGUGACGUGCACAUGAAGCAGUUCAAGAGCAUGGAUUCAAUCGCGAAUCACCCUUCAGCUUUCCGCGCCGACCCUACCCGAUUCAAGCCUGUCGUGGGCCAUCCUCUAAAGAAGUCGCCCUCGAAGCCAGACUUGGCAAAUCCGGAGACGAACAAGCUCAAGCGUACACAAUCCAAGGUGGAUCUGGCAGAUUCAAGCGCGAGUUCUGCCAGUGGUCUCAAGCACACACAGUCGAAGAUGGAACUGGCAGCGUCUGGAAGCAAAAUUCCUUCAUCUCCGUUGAAACGUACCCAGUCCAAGAUGGACAAUGUCGGAUCUAGUCUGCCACGCUCUCAUUCAACAGCCCGCAUGGCUCCUCCUUCACGGGACGGACGACCAGCCCCCCGCGACAACGAUGGUGACCACAACGCGGCGGCAAAGCGUAUCAAGCGUACCGAGUCAGACGAUGCUGCUACCACUCGUCCUGCGUCUCGGGAGAAGACGACUGACGUCCCAGCACGUGUAACUGCUACCUCGGCACGUAAGAAGACGUCUCAGACCGCGCUUCCUCGCCUAGCUGCGCGAUUGAUGACACCUACAAAGUCGUCUAUCGCACGUUCGCAGAGUGUGAAGACUCUGAAGACUACGUCGAUGAUUCCAACCUUGGGAGGCUCACCUUCCACAAAUAAUCUGGGAGCCUCUCCGUCCAUUAACCGCAGUGUCAGGUUGCCUUCAGCGGGUACUUCAUUCCCUCCCACUAGCAACAUUGGUCAUUUGCAGGCUAUGAGGGACGGAGCACGUGACAGUAUGCGCAAGGCAAGCCAGAACCUUCAGCGUGUCCGGUCGAUCCUCCGCACGCCAAACCGCAAAUUCUCAGACGACCCUAGUAAAAUCGCGGCAGGCACUCACUUGUCACCUCCAGCUUCAGACUCUGAUAGCACUCUGCCUGUGAUUCCUGCUACAGCUCCUGUCAAGAAACAAGUCAACUUCAGCAGUAGUACUUUGGAGCGUGCAUCACACGACGAGCUAGGCAAAUCACCGUCACCGAUGAAGUUCAGAGCAGGCAGCGAAGUUCCUGCUGGUGCUGUAAUCUACCCUAACCUGGGCUCAGGUGCACAACACCUAGACCUUUCACAAGAGACUGAGACUCCUCUCAGUCCGUCACGACGUCUCACCUUCGGUGGCGAAACUCCCAACCACCCUCGUUCCUUCUCCUUCGAGUCUAGCAAGACUGUCAACUUUGGACCGACGUCUUCUGGUACGAUCCGCAUGGUCCGUGAGAGCAAUGUAUCCUCUGCUAUUGACGGUACAAAGCGCAAACUGGAGACGCUCCAAGAGACGUCUGACAAAGAGAACGACGGCCCCCAUCAAGAUGAUACACGAUCCAACAAGAAGAUGAAGCGCACGCCUGCGCCUCUUACGGCCUUGCUACACUGGCAGGGCGACUUUCACUCCACCACCGUGGCGUCGCUAAGCAACCUUGUCGACGAAUUGAAGAAUUCCUUCAACUUCUUCAACUCCGACUCACUACUCAGCUCAACGACGUCCUCCUCGAUACACGAUAAAGAGAAUCAGCCCACAGACGCGCUCUCGAGGUUUGUGCGAUUCUUGCAACAUCCACGUCUCCACGACAUCACCGAGUUUCUCACGAAUCCCCGCCUCGACGAUCCAACCUACCUUACUACCCUUGCUAUCGCACUAGCAUCCGUUGUCGUAACCAUGUCCUGGUUCUCUCGCAGCACCGGCGGAAACUGGGGAGGGCGCUUCUCACCCUUCGGGCGACCAGGCAACUCACCAAAUGCCGGGGUCGUCAAUGACUCGGAUUUCUCAUACAUUACGAACGAAGAUCUGCGAAGGAACGGUCAGGCGCAAGCGCCUGAAAUCGUAGAUUGGGACGACAAGAACCCGGAGCGAGAGACAGACGUUCUCAUCUUCAAGAAUGGGCGCACAAACUAUCCCACACACUUCCCGGCGCACAGCAUACGGGACGGAGAUCUGAAGAUUGGCACAGUGCGCCAAGCGGCUGCGAAGAAGCUAGGCGUCGAUGACCAUCGGCGCAUACGCAUGUUCUACAAGGGCAGAAACCUGAAGCACGAUGAACGCACCGGACGAGAGGAAGGCCUUCGCGGCGAUGGGAGUGGUAGUGAGAUUCUAGUCACAGUCGGCGAGACCCCGGCAGGCGGUCUGGCACCCGGCGCAGGAGAGACACAACGCGCAUACGGUAGCGAAGGUGAGGAUGAAGAUGACGACGAUGAAGAUGAUGUCGACUCGGGUGCAAAUACCACAAGCAAGAGGAAGUCCCGCAAGCGCGGCGGUAGGAAGGGUAAGAAGAAGAACGCUUCUUCCGCAAACGCAUCUGGCACUUCAACACCUGGCUACACCACUGCCGGCGCCGGCGCGGAAUACCUCCCCAUCCCCUCGCACAUCAACGCAACCCCGCGCCCAACCUCUGCUCCUCCCUUGAAUACCAAACCCGCCGAACCCCAGACCCCGAUCGGCAAACUUGAUGCCAUCGCUAGCAAGUUUCACACCGAAUUUGUCCCCAUGUGCGUACAAUUCAUGGCUGGACCACCAGAGGACAAGGCGAAGAGGACGUUCGAGUAUAAGAAGCUAAGUGAGACUAUCUUGACACAGAUUAUCUUCAAGCUGGAUGGUGUCGAGACUGAGGGUGAUCCAGACGCGAGGCUCAAGCGCAAGGCCCUCGUCAAAGAGGUCCAGAGUAUGUUGACCAGGCUGGACGAGGUUGGAAAGGCUAGUUAA